UCGUUCAGCGACUACAUCUGGGCCGACAGUCAUGGCCCGUGGGGAACAGACCGUUUGACCCGAGCUUUAAAGCAGGAGACAGGAAAGCGCUUGGGUGUAGCGCUCAACACGCGCGAGUAUCGACACGUCACCGUUGGCAUUAGAAGAGUGGUCAUAGGAGAGUCGUUCAGCCGCGGCUACCAGGAUGAGGUUAGUGAGGAAGAAGAGCCUAAAGCUAAAGACGAGAGCCCACUAGAGCUGCAGAAUUCGUGGACGACAGCAACAGGCGUCUCUGUGUACAGCGUGCCAAUCGACAUCGUCAAGCACCUAAGCAAUCGGUCGAUUAAGACCUUUCGACCACUCAGCGAGGCAUGGCACAACUUCCUAGGUCUCGGGAAGCAGAUGAACGGCGGACAGGUUAGCAGCCUGCAGGUUAGGCAAACGUAUAAGCGGCAGCGUGAGCCCGAGAGCACCCCAGCAGGACAGCCUCUUAAUCCACAUCUAAAGCGGGCUAAACUAGAGCCUAGCAACCUUCAAAAGAACAUCAAAACGGCCAUACAGCAUGUCCUAAAAAGCUCAGAGGUUUCGUUCAAGUCAGGGGAACAAGAGCAGGCUAUACAUACUAUAGUUCAAGGCCAAACACCGCUUGUUGUUGUCCUUCCAACCAGUGGGGGGAAGAGCUUGUUAUUCACAGUUCCAGCUUCCAUGCCAGGCGCCAGGGUCACCAUACUCAUGGUUCCCUUCCAAGCCUUGAUCGAGGACCACGUGCAAAGGAUAUCGCAGAGCGGGGUUACCUACGCUAAAUGGACAUAG